AUGGCGACCAAUGGGACAAGUUCGGCGAACAACGAGGACUAUGACCUCGACACCCCUAUUGCGGCCACCACUGGCAUAAAGCAAGGUCUGGCAUCAUAUGGCGACGCGCACUUCUCACUGUUCUUGCGAAAAGUCUUCAUCAAGGCUCUUGGGUAUGGCGAAGAUGCACUCUCAAGACCAAUCAUCGGUAUCAUCAAUACCUACUCAGGCUUCAACCCUUGCCACGGUAACACUCCUCAGCUUAUCGAGGCAGCUAAGAGAGGUGUUCAGCUCUCUGGUGGGCUAGCCAUUGACUUUCCUACCAUCAGCGUGGCCGAGUCCUUCUCGUCGCCUACAAGCAUGUUUCUCAGGAACUUGAUGAGCAUGGACACGGAAGAAAUGAUCCGAGCUCAGCCAGUAGAUGCUUGUAUCAUGAUUGGAGGUUGUGACAAGACUGUUCCAGCUCAAAUCAUGGGUGGUAUCUCUGCCAACAAACCAAUAUUACCUCUCAUUACCGGCCCAAUGAUGCCAGGAAGCCACCAAGGCAAGCGCAUCGGAGCCUGUACUGACUGCAGAAACAACUGGGCUGCCUUUCGAGCUGGCAAUAUGGACGUGGAGGAGAUAUCAGCCAUCAAUGAGGAGCUAGCCCCAACCAUUGGCACAUGUGGCGUGAUGGGCACAGCAAGCACAAUGGCCUGUGUCGCAGCAGGACUCGGUCUCAUUCCUCUAAAAGGCGCAAGCGCACCAGCUGUCUCUGCCGCCAGAAUGCGAGUCGCUGAGGAGACAGGUAAGAACGCAGUCGCGGCAGCGUUGCACAAGCGCACGCCGCAAAGCAUUCUCAGUAGAGAAUCUUUCAUCAAUGCCCUCAUUGUCCUCCAAGCCAUUGGGGGAAGCACAAACGGCAUUGUCCACAUAAUGGCGAUAAUCAAUCGGCAUCCUGAGCUACAGGGCAAAAUUACGUUGAAUGAUAUCGAUGAGAUCGGCAAGAAGACACCUCUAGUGGUCGACCUCAAACCUAGUGGUGACAACUACAUGACGGACUUCCACAAUGCAGGCGGCAUGCUAGCGCUACUGCAUACUCUUCGACCUCUUCUUCACCUCUCAGCCAUGACGAUCAGCGGUCAAACACUGGGCGAACUCCUAGAUGCGAAUCCCUUCAAGUCCUUCCCAUACUCCUCCGAGAUCAUCCGCCCACUUUCGAACCCCCUAUAUGCGAAAUCCAGUCUUGUUGUGCUCCGAGGAAACCUCUGCCCAGAUGGCGCGAUUAUGAAGGCUUCGGCAUCAAAAGAUCGCUCCUUGCUCAAGCACACAGGACCUGCCGUGGUGUUUGCUAAUACUGCAGAUUUGGCAAAGCGUGUCGACGAUCCUGAUCUAGAUGUCACGGCGGCAUCUGUGCUUGUCUUGCAAAGUAUUGGUCCCAUCGGCAAUCCUGGCAUGCCGGAGGCUGGACUGAUACCUAUUCCGCGAAAGCUUUCGAGUAAAGGAGUUGCAGAUAUGCUUCGGAUCAGCGACGGCAGGAUGAGUGGAACGGCUGGUGGUACAAUAGUCUUGCAUGUCAGUCCGGAGUCGGUCCUCACAGGAAGCGUGUUUGGUAUUGUCAGGGAUGGGGAUAUGAUAAGCUGUGAUGUGGAAAGCCGGAUGCUCAGCUUGGAUGUGAAUGAGGAGGAAAUCAAGAAGAGGCUCGAGGAGAAAGAGCAGGCCAGGAAGGGCACGAGCAAUGCGAAAGAGGAUGUACUCAUUGCACGUCGAGGCAGAAGAGGGUAUAGGGGCUUGUACGAGAGAAGGGUGAAUCAGGCUCAUGAGGGUGCUGACUUCGACUUUUUGACUGCGAGCGGGCCUAUAGUGGAAGAAUAG